AGGCCGAAAAUGCUCUUCUGAAAAGUUGUUAAUGUGAAAGCUCUAAAUUCGGUCAUCUUAAUAAAUGUAUAACAAUAAUUUUAACUAUCUACCUGGUGCGAAAAUGGAAAAUUUGGGACGCAAGAUGAGCUUAGGAGGGAAAGCAGCAAAGCGGUUCUAUAGGGUCGACUCCCAAGGCGAUCUCAGCAAGUAUUAUGAUCAUGGAUCAUACUUCAGUGACAACAACAGAUGGUGUUUUGAAACUGCCUGGGAGGUUGCUAACAAGGUUGGUGGUAUCUACACUGUUAUCCGUAGCAAAACAGGAGUAUCUGUUCAAGAAUUAGGAGAUCAAUAUGUUCUUCUUGGUCCUUACAAGGAGCAGCAUGCCAGGCAGGAGGUCGAGGAGGAGGAUUUCAGUCCUGCACAUCCUCUUGGUAAAUCUGUUGAGGCUCUUCGACAGAGAGGAUACAGAGUUGUCUGUGGAAGAUGGUUGGUUGAAGGAAACCCUCAAGUGAUACUUUUUGAUAUUGGAUCUGCUGCUUAUAAGCUGGAUGAAUUUAAGCAGGUAGAAUUCUAUAGAUAUCAAUCCGAGGAUUUCUCCGACUCUCCUCCGAGAAUUGCCGCGCACUUCCAUGAAUGGAUGGCAGGGGUAGGGCUUAUCAUGUCCAGAAUGUGGAAACUAGACAUUGCUACAGUCUUCACUACUCAUGCAACUCAGCUGGGAAGGUUAAGGUACUGCUUGGAGCGUGGUGCCGCACAUUUAGCGCAUAUAUUCACAACCGUAUCAGAAAUUACUGGGAUAGAGUCGGAACAUCUUAUAAAACGAAAGCCAGACAUUAUUACUCCCAACGGUCUUAACGUGAAAAGAGAUCUUCACGAGUUUCAGAAUCUCCAUGCAAAGAGUAAGGAAAGUAUAAAUGAAUUUGUUCGUGGACAUUUCUACGGGCAUUUUGAUUUUGAUCUCGACAAUACCCUCUACUUUUUUACAGCUGGCAGGUAUGAGUUUACAAAUAAAGGAGCUGAUAUAUUUAUUGAAGCCCUGGCCAGAUUAAAUCAUCUACUCAAACAAUCAAACUCCGAGGUGACUGUUGUUGCAUUCCUAAUCUUCCCGACCCCUACGAACUCCUUCAACGUGGAGUCCCUGAAGGGGCACGCUAUCACCAAGGGGCUGAAGGACACUAUAGACGCUGUACAGAAGGAUAUUGGGAAGAGAUUGUAUGAGAAAUGUCUCCGAGGAUAUAUUCCUGAUGCUUCAGAUCUUCUAACAAGGUAAACUCAGGGGCGCAACAAGCAUUGCUUAUGUGCACUUAGAAUUAAGACUCCCAUCACAACACAUAAUGUGAUAAACGAAUAUAAUGAUCCGAUCCUUAACGCAUUCAGGAGAUGUCAACUGUUUAAUCACAGGUCUGAUCGUGUCAAGGUAGUUUUCCAUCCAGAGUUCCUCUCGACCACAAACCCUCUGUUUGGUCUUGACUAUCAGGAGUUUGUCCGAGGAUGCCAUAUGGGAGUGUUCCCCUCAUAUUAUGAACCCUGGGGUUAUACUCCAGCUGAGUGCACUAUCAUGGGUAUUCCUAGUAUCACAACUAAUCUAUCUGGGUUCGGUUGCUUCAUGGAGGAACAUGUAACAGAUCCACAGUCUUACGGAAUAUAUAUAGUUGAUAGGCGGAAGCGAGGUCUAGAGGAUUCUGUUCAACAGCUUGCUGGUUUUAUGCAUGAUUACACAAAACUCAACAGACGGCAGAGAAUCAUUCAGAGAAAUAGAACGGAAAGAUUAUCUGAUCUGCUGGACUGGAAGAAUCUUGGUAUUUAUUAUAGACAGGCUAGAAUGAAGGCUCUACAGACUGUAUACCCGGAUAUAAGUGAAGAGGAAGCUCCACCUCGUGGUGUUGGUAGACUCAACUAUCCUAGACCUAUUUCGGAACCUCCUUCACCCAUAUCUACCCGAGCACACUCUCCUGUAUCCUCACUAGCUGAUGAGGUAAAUACUAGACAGGGGCAUAAACACUAUACAGGGGGGGGCUGA